AUGAAACUCGAAAAAAAAAUCAGCCAAUUGGCGUGUUCGGCCAAACUAAGUCCUGAGUAUAAACGACGCACGUCGACUAUUUCGACUAACUCUCUAAGUUUUAGAAUCAGUGCCAGUGGUCAUUCAGCAGUGGAAACUAUUCCGCCAGAAAGAACGACAAUAGCAAGCCGACAUUCCUUUGUAAUAUAUCGCAAAUCCUAUUAUAAUACAGUUCCAACAUUAUUUGGCGUGCUAGCAAGGUGCGUUAGUUCAUUGGUCUUAAAUAAACCGGCGUCUCUUGACAGUUUUAGAAUCAGUGCCAGUGGUCAUUCAGCAGUGGAAACUAUUCCGCCAGAAAGAACGACAAUAGCAAGCCGACAUUCCUUUGUAAUAUAUCGCAAAUCCUAUUAUAAUACAGUUCCAACAUUAUUUGGCGUGCUAGCAAGGUGCGUUAGUUCAUUGGUCUUAAAUAAACCGGCGUCUCUUGACAGUUUUAGAAUCAGUGCCAGUGGUCAUUCAGCAGUGGAAACUAUUCCGCCAGAAAGAACGACAAUAGCAAGCCGACAUUCCUUUGUAAUAUAUCGCAAAUCCUAUUAUAAUACAGUUCCAACAUUAUUUGGCGUGCUAGCAAGGUGCGUUAGUUCAUUGGUCUUAAAUAAACCGGCGUCUCUUGACAGUUUUAGAAUCAGUGCCAGUGGUCAUUCAGCAGUGGAAACUAUUCCGCCAGAAAGAACGACAAUAGCAAGCCGACAUUCCUUUGUAAUAUAUCGCAAAUCCUAUUAUAAUACAGUUCCAACAUUAUUUGGCGUGCUAGCAAGGUGCGUUAGUUCAUUGGUCUUAAAUAAACCGGCGUCUCUUGACAGUUUUAGAAUCAGUGCCAGUGGUCAUUCAGCAGUGGAAACUAUUCCGCCAGAAAGAACGACAAUAGCAAGCCGACAUUCCUUUGUAAUAUAUCGCAAAUCCUAUUAUAAUACAGUUCCAACAUUAUUUGGCGUGCUAGCAAGGUGCGUUAGUUCAUUGGUCUUAAAUAAACCGGCGUCUCUUGACAGUUUUAGAAUCAGUGCCAGUGGUCAUUCAGCAGUGGAAACUAUUCCGCCAGAAAGAACGACAAUAGCAAGCCGACAUUCCUUUGUAAUAUAUCGCAAAUCCUAUUAUAAUACAGUUCCAACAUUAUUUGGCGUGCUAGCAAGGUGCGUUAGUUCAUUGGUCUUAAAUAAACCGGCGUCUCUUGACAGUUUUAGAAUCAGUGCCAGUGGUCAUUCAGCAGUGGAAACUAUUCCGCCAGAAAGAACGACAAUAGCAAGCCGACAUUCCUUUGUAAUAUAUCGCAAAUCCUAUUAUAAUACAGUUCCAACAUUAUUUGGCGUGCUAGCAAGGUGCGUUAGUUCAUUGGUCUUAAAUAAACCGGCGUCUCUUGACAGUUUUAGAAUCAGUGCCAGUGGUCAUUCAGCAGUGGAAACUAUUCCGCCAGAAAGAACGACAAUAGCAAGCCGACAUUCCUUUGUAAUAUAUCGCAAAUCCUAUUAUAAUACAGUUCCAACAUUAUUUGGCGUGCUAGCAAGGUGCGUUAGUUCAUUGGUCUUAAAUAAACCGGCGUCUCUUGACAGAAUCAGUGCCAGUGGUCAUUCAGCAGUGGAAACUAUUCCGCCAGAAAGAACGACAAUAGCAAGCCGACAUUCCUUUGUAAUAUAUCGCAAAUCCUAUUAUAAUACAGUUCCAACAUUAUUUGGCGUGCUAGCAAGGUGCGUUAGUUCAUUGGUCUUAAAUAAACCGGCGUCUCUUGACAGUUUUAGAAUCAGUGCCAGUGGUCAUUCAGCAGUGGAAACUAUUCCGCCAGAAAGAACGACAAUAGCAAGCCGACAUUCCUUUGUAAUAUAUCGCAAAUCCUAUUAUAAUACAGUUCCAACAUUAUUUGGCGUGCUAGCAAGGUGCGUUAGUUCAUUGGUCUUAAAUAAACCGGCGUCUCUUGACAGACUAACUAUGGAUUCUUCAUCUUCCCAUUCCUCUAUUAUUGAGAUAACAUUAUUUCUCAAUGAGAAAUGCAGUGAAUCUUACAAAACUCUUAAGUUACCGCGGUAUGAUAAAGCAACACAGCGGUGGGAGAUUUUACUCUCAGAAAUAAAUCCAGGUGAAGAUCCUCAAAAAAUAAUCAAUCAGAUAUGCAAGGAUUUAAAAAAAAACAGGAUAACGGUUAACAAAGAAAUCAAUAAAUUACAACGUAUACCUGAAGAAAAAUUCAAGGAGACCGUGUCCAGAGAUAAAGAAAUUACCGACGAAGAAAAAAAGAAUAUUUGUAUUAUGAUGAAUUCAUUCUCCAAUGGGAGAAUGAUUUUUAAUGAUUUGGACAUAUCAGAUCAUACAAAAUUCAAUCUUAUAAAAAUUUUUGUAACGUUCUCAAUGAGAACGUUACAAAUAAUUACAGAACACGCACAGCAAAGCGCACUUUUAUAUGAGACUCUUCACGAAAAACCGCAAAGAACAGAACCAAAAACAGAUUCAGAUGCCGGUUAUCAACGCAAAGAAUUCGGAAAGUUGCGUUUAUUAUAUACCGAUAAAAAAUCUACAGAAAGUUUUAUGCUGGCAUCAGUAUACAAAACUACAGAUUGUUUAAAAAAUGAAGUCAAUUUGUAUGCAGACGUGUCACAGUUACCAAAAAGAACAGCAGAUUUACCUCAGGAUGAAUUUUCAAGUGAAAAACCCCAGGUUCAUAUUCCGGGACAAACUCCUUCGCAUCAACUGAUGCGUGUUUACAAGACACUUCAAACAGAUCUGCCAAGAUUUUUCACCGCAACAAUGGACUACAGAAUUUACCACCAAGAAAUUGAAUUUAUUAAUCAUUUCCAAGGCACCGCCACACAAGGCAGCAGUUAUAUCAAACAAAUAUUAUUAUUGAGAGUAGGUGGACAUUUGAUGUACGCGAUGAUUAAACUAGAAGUACUAAAAAUUACAGUACAUACUGAAGACAGUACUAUCAAAGUUAGAUGGAGGAUAAGAGGUCUGUCUGCUUACAAAGCGUUUUUUAAUUUUUGGAAAUUCAAGUGGUUGAAGAGUGUCGUCAUUGGAGACGUGGUAUGAUGGAUUUUCUACAUUUUAUGUAAACGCAGACGGUUUAGUGUACAGACAUGUAGCUGAUAAGAUGAUGCCUGAUGAAGAAACAGAACCAGUCAAAGUAAAACCAGAUAUUGCCGCUAAAUUAGCAGCAUGAGUCGGGCUUCUAGGAUUUUCAAAGAGGCUCUAUUAUUGUUUGUCCAACAAAAUAUAUUCAAAAUUCAACUGAAUCAAUACAUUCGCCUUGAAUCUGGAGUUUUAUUUCCGUACCUCUUUCGUCGAUCAGUAUCAGUAUCAGUAAAUUUUUUUUUAAUAAAUAGCUUAGAGGUAAUUUAUUAUUUUUAAUUUAUAUAUGGAUCCUAACUCAUUAAUCUUAUAAAAAUAUUUGAUUAUAUGAUAAUACUCCAGAAGUUAUUAGAAUUAAAUGUCUAUAGAAAAAUUAAUUAAAAAAAAUAUAUUGUUUAAUAGCUUAUUAUUUUAUUCAGUAUAAUAAAUAUGUUAUAAUUGUA